AUGGCGGGAAACUCGUCGGCCGCGCGUCGACGACGAGAUUUGGAAAGAAAGUCGUCCCGUAGAAAACGAUUUUUAAAAGGACGAAAAGGUCAUGUAGAGAAAGAUUUGACAAGCUAUAUAAAGAUUUUAAAAGGCGCGAAAGCCAAGAGAAGAACAGAAGUCGAGUAUGAUGAGAUUCACCAGGCCCUAACAGACAUUCAUGAACUGAUAACAGAUUAUGAAGAAGAGAGAGGUGAGAAAGAGAAGAAGGAGAAAGAGCAGGCAGAGGAAAUGAGAAGAAGAGCUGCAGAGAGAUUGGGGGAAACAGAGAAGCGAAAACAAAUGAGCAAUGAUGAUGAUGAUAAUGAUAAUGAUGAUGAUGACGAGGAGGAGAGUGGUCCAACACCAAAAAAGAGGAGAAGUACUGCAAGUAUGUCUGACCUCUUAGAGCAGUGUAUCACAAGAAAAAAGAAGGAGAAUGAAGCCCAGCAAGUGUUGAGAGAGAGGGACUUGGAUGUUCAGCAGCAAUUCCAAGCCAUGAUGCUGCAACAGCAUCAGCAAGUGCAGCAACAGCUGCGGCAUCAACAACUGCAACAACAGCAGUUUCAGCAGCAGCAGCAGCAAGCAAUGCAUUUGAGUAUGGUACAAACACUUGCUGAAUUACUUAAAAAGAAUUAAGUAGGAGUAGCAAAUAUUUUUAACAUUUUUUAUAUGCUUUUGAAAGCAUCUUUAAAAAAUGAUUACUUAUAAAAUGUACUUACAUUUGGUAUU